AUGACGAAGCAUGCUGGUGCUUCGAAAAAUUUCGGCGCUGGUGACCUUUCUCAAGAAUUUCGAUCGGGUAUUAAUUUGCUGUCCGGCCAACGGAGUGUUCAUCAGGGUCAGUACAGCAAAAAAAGGAGAACUGAUGGGACCUCUCCAUACUAUUGCAAAAAUUCACUCCUUACCAUGCCUUCUCACGUUGCCAUUAUGCAGCCCGUGCUACAGCCAAACUCCUUUUUCAAUCAGAACAUUUUUAACCACCUGAACGGAGGCAAUCGAUCAAAUGCUUUUGUUCAACCGCAAGCGUUUAAUGCCCUUACACAACACAACGGCUUUCCACAAUUAUCUACCAGCUACGACAGUUUUCAACUGAACUCCUCUACUGGUUCUCCCGGUUAUUCAGGACUGUUGAACCCAGUUCCAAUAGCAAAAACUCUUUCCAUAAAUAACACAACGAACAAAGUACCAACUACCUCAACUUUGAAGUCGAAUUCUCGCACUGGUGGUAAUGAUGGAGAUUAUAACAUCGUUGUUGGUGAAGUUCUUCGUUCUCCUACAGAAAGCUACGAAGUUCUUUCGUUUUUGGGUCGUGGUACUUUUGGUCAAGUUGUCAAAUGUCAAUGUCGAACCUCCAACAGGAUUGUGGCCAUUAAAAUUCUGAAGAAUCAUCCCUCAUAUCUUCGCCAGGGCAAUGUUGAAGUUCAAAUUCUUCAGACACUGAGUCGGCAUGAUACAGAGGCGCAUAACAUCGUCAGGGCCAUUGAAUGUUUUCAACAUAGGAGUCACAUGUGUUUGGUUUUCGAGCUGCUUGAACAGAAUUUGUACGAGUUUCUAAAGUCGAAUAACUUUAGGCCUUUGGAUCUUCGGGAGAUACGUCCUAUUGCUCAGCAGGUGCUGACCGCCCUUUCGAAAUUGAGGAGCUUAGGUUUGAUUCACGCUGAUCUAAAACCCGAGAAUAUCAUGCUCGUCUGUCCUACAGAUGGUAUGAUGCGAUAUCGUGUGAAGGUGAUUGAUUUCGGCUCUGCAUGUCAUAGCUCUAAGGCCGUUCAGAACACCUAUCUUCAAUCUCGUUACUAUAGGGCACCUGAAAUCCUACUUGGUUUGCCCUUCAACGAAGCUAUUGAUAUGUGGUCUUUGGGUUGUGUUAUCGCUGAGCUGUUUUUGGGAUGGCCUCUCUAUCCGGGUUCUUCCGAAUACGAUCAGAUUCGUUACAUAGUGGAAACACAGGGUUUGCCACCACGCGACCUUCUUAAAAUGGCAGGGAAGGCGAGCCGUUUCUUCGUACGUGAUGCAUUCACUUUUGAGUGGCGUCUCAAAACACAAGAGGAGUACACUCUCGAGACUGGUCAGCGUGCUAAGGAGACACGAAAGUACAUCUUCAGCUCCCUGGACCAGAUCCGUGAGGUCACACUCAACACUGGUGGUUCUGGUCCUGGUCUUGACGAUAUAGAGGUCAAAAUGGAGUCUGACGACCGAAUACAUUUUACCGAGCUCCUCAGUCGAAUGCUACAACUUCGACCUUCUGACCGUAUUCUACCUGACAAUGCUCUUCUUCACGCUUUUAUUACAAUGUCCUAUAUGCGGGCCUACCCCUACCGGAAACGGGUUCGAGAAUCCAUGGAUCUAAUGCGUGUCUGCUAUCAAUCUCGCUGCAGCCAACACAACCUUGAAUUGGUCAAUGCCGUUCAACAACACCAGCAGCAACAACAGCAGGAGCAAGCUAUGAUAGAUGAGGCUAUUUCUACUCGAGCUGUAACUGCUUUCGCUACGCAACAGCAUUUUCUGUCUUUCGGCAAUUUUCUCCAACCUCCCACGACCUCUGCUGACCCCGGUUGCCAUGACCAAAGACAUCCAUCAUCCGCCUACUACUUUACCCCGCAGCAGUCAAUCCCAUCUCCCAUCUACUAUCACCAACAUCCACAACAAAAGCACCAACAGCACAUUCUUCGUCCUCAACCUCCCCCACCACCUCCACCUCCUGAUUGUCAAGCCUCCUCACUUUACGACCAGUUGAUUGCAGCAGCAUCACCUUACGCGGCUGCCCAUGUUAUGGCUCCUCAACACCCACCACCCCCUCCCGCACAGGCUCAAAGCCACCAAAACGCAGCUGCAGCUGCAGCCGCUGCCUUCAUGAUGCAGUCCGCCAUAAUAGCUGCUAAUGGCACCUCCUCCACAAAACCCUUGUCUCAGUCUAGACCCACUGCUGGUGGUAGCAGUGGGGAUCAUGCUAUGACUGCCACCGCUUUAGCUGCAGCUUUUGCAGCUACAGGCUACACCAACAAAGGAGCUGGCGUCAGGGACGCACAGUAUGUUCUACCUUCUAAUCAGGAAGCCAUUCAACAGUUGUCCAGUGUUGAGUCCUCUGCGGGAGUCAAUCAGAAUAUCGAUUAUUUGGUGAAUUGCAUGUCCGGAGUGCUACCCGAAUCCACGGGAUGCUCGUCGGCUACGCACACACUCCAGCGGCGUCAAUUGCGUCGGUCUGAAAAUGAUAUGCCUCUCUUCUUAUCCUCCUCCUCUUCCGCCACCUCCGCCGCCUCUCAAACUCUUUUUUACAGUUCCCCUCACCAGUACCUGUCACAGCAUGUGCCGGCUGCUCCGCCUAUCUCUCUCAUCUCCCCGCAUCAGCCACAGGCACAAAUACAGGUCUCAGCACAACAACCGCAACAAAAUUCUGACGUUGCAAAUAGUUCUGCAGCUAUGGUGGCUACUGCUUCCUCGUUGGCUGCUUUGCGCCAAUUCAUAUUGAACGGCAACACCCAGACCGAUCUCACUACCACUAACAAACUCAUUUGGGAGAGCAUUAUGCACGAACAUCAACAGAAAUCUGGUUUUUUCACCGGAUCUGACUUCAAUUUCCCACCAUCUGACCUUUACUCGCAAUUGGUUCAGUUGGGAAAGCAGAAGCAGGCGUACUACUAUGGCCAGAAAUGUCAAUUUCUGCAUUGUGGUGAACAGCAUCAUCAGAAACAAGUUUCAUCACAACCAUUUUUGUCACUACAAGCGCCUUUGCAUCCACCGCCACUUGCGGCGUCAACGCCCACAUCGCCAUCGGGGCCAUCACAGCAGCAACAACAGCAGUUCACAGAUCCGCCGUUCUUUCUUCAGGGGCUAACACCACCUCAGCCUCUUCUGCAGUCUACGUCAACACCCUUCCCACUUCCAUAUCAGCCCUCAGCAAGGACUCAUGAUGCUGUUCAGUCGGCGGUGAAUCUCGUACACCACAUCUUCCCCCAUAGUUGCCAGCGUUCUGCCUCCUCGUCCUCCUCUCGUGCUGGAGAUGGGGGUGGUAACGGCGGUGAGGUCGAAAGGGAAGGAGUAGUGAAUAUCACUUCGGGCUUUACCGAAUGUCAUUCCAAUAUAACUGACGGCGACGGUCCCGUAGCCAGCGCACUCCGCUCUCCAUCCUCUCCAAAUACCGAUGUCGUCCUUGAAAUGCCCGUUCUUGCACAAUCUUCACCUUCUUUUGUUUGUGCCUCUUCGAACUCGGGGGAACGGUCAGGGCCCCCAGAGGUUUUGGGGGCCAUGAACACAGAUGUCAGUCUCGUCUACUCUGACAUUACUAACGAGGGUGAAUUGGAGGAGGACGUUCAUAAAACGACUGGUGUCGAUUCGAAAGGACAGGAGACGGCGGCAGCAGCAGACAAGAAUAGAUCGCCCGAGCCCUUUCACAACACUGCAGCCACCGACCAACCUACCUCACUGAUUCACCGUCCUGAUAAGAAAAUUCCCGUAGGUCGCGUGCAGCCAAUGAAAAAGGCGGAGUGCGACGAUAGUGCGUGUUUUGCUCAACCUCAGGCUCCGCUCCUAAGUCACUGCUACGCUCAGCCACAGCAGCAGGCGCACUCGGCUCAUCCCACCUCUUCAAAUGCAUCUGCUUGCUGUUCCACAGCUAUCUUCACCCCUGAGGGUGCAGCCGCAGCAGCUGCUGCUGCCGCUCUACUUUUCAACAGAAAUCAUGCUCAGCAUCAAUCGGCGCUGUUUUCAGUCCCUACUCACCACCUUCACGGUCAUCAUCAUCUGCGGCAACAGCAACAGCAACAACAGCAAUUGGUGACCGCUGAGGCUUAUCGUAACCUCAUCCUCUUGCAGCAACACAUCAACCUCUCCGCUGCAGCUGCAGCUCAGUUCAUCACUGCUGCUGCUGCUUCGUCGUCUGCUGCCGCAGCUGCCGCAGCUGCCUCUUCCUCUCGAGUUUCUUCAGCGUUGCCUCUCACUGAUGCAGUUUCAGGCGACAUAGGUGUAAGUGGGAAUCGCUCGCUAGAACAACUUGCCGCUCAAUUUAUGGCUGCGGCUGCAGCGGCGGCCAGUAGUGGAAGUGGUAACACCAGCAGCAACAGUAAUAAUACUAAUCGACCUCGCUACCUCUAG